AUGGCCUCCACAACAAUAACUGCUCCCCCUCAGCCCUCCGACGCCGCCCCUACCAUCUCUUCGACGCCGUCCUCAGCCGCCCCCACCGAACGCUUCAACAACUCCGGCCCAUCCAGCAACCUCUAUCUCGUUACAUUCCUCGCGACUCUUUUCCUCCUCCUCUUCGUCUCAUGUGCCAUCGUCCUCAGAUCCUACAUCCUCAGGCGCAGGUAUCAGCGCAGGCUCGAGGAAGCCAUGGCCGCAGGCAUGCUACUCGCGCCGCGCGCACAGGGCUCAAAGCGGAAACGCUUCGGCACAAAACCCAAGCUCAUCGACACCUGGCUCGCUGACGGGGGCGAAAAAUGGGACCAGAUGAUGCCCCUCGCUGCACAGCCAGUGUUCGUCAAGCGCAAAUAUAGAGACUGGUCAGGCAUCCCCAAGUCCGCCCUAGAGGACCCCAACGCCAUCUACUUCCCCGCCAACCCCGCGGACCCAUCAUCCAGCCACGAUGCAUCAGCACCGAGCCUUCAGUCCCGCAUGCGCCACCUCUUCCGACGACCCUCCCGUCUGCACGCGGAUUCUACCCCUCCCACCCCACCCGCGCUCAACCUGAACGCCGGCGACCUCGAGCUGGUCCCUCCCACCCUCGCAUCACCAGGCGCAGGUGCAAGCACCAGCGCGGCGACGACGCCCCAGUCGACAACGUACAAAGUUCGCGUCGAGAUGCUGCAGGUCUCCGUGCUCAUCGCGAUGCCCUCGCCGUCGCGCACAGCGCAGAAGAACGCCCGGCUCGACGCGCGCAAGUCGUUGGAUGGGCACGAUCUCGAGGAGGAAGAAGAGGACGACGAGGGGAAGUUGCCAGAGGUUGUGAUCGGCGUCACGCGCAUAAACCAUCGGCAGCCCAAGUCACAGUGUCCUGCAAUUCCACCAUCGCCCGCACUGCCAGCUUCAGGCGCGGUGUCGGUGUCAGCAGCGCCUACGAGGACGAGCACACCUGCGCCUGCCCCGACAUCAGCAGUGCCAGCCCAGCCGCACGAGAGUUAA